AUGGAUCUUCCGGGCGCUGGUCGUCGAUCGUACCUCCGUGCUUCCUAUGGGCAAUUCUUUAAUCCUUACACUGCUCAUAUUCCCCUCGAGUCUCAGGACGCUCUCAACCCUAAUAGUCCUGUCAGUCCUUUGCCGCCCAGCCCAAACCCAACUUCGCAGCCCAUCAAAUCUGCAUAUACCGUUCACUGCCUUACGAGCCCUCCUGAGGAAAAGGAAUUCUCCUAUUCCAACAUCAACCUGACUAGCUAUGGGGAUACCAAGUCCCCUCACACAGCACUUGCAAGAAAUGCAACAUUUGAGCAACCUAAACCUGCUAUCUACACGGGCUUCUGGAACAAUUCACCAAAACUCAUUCCACACAUCAUCGCCAUUGGCGUUACUGUAGCAGUUGUCCAGCUCAGCUUUCGCAACCACUACUGGAUGGACUUACGGGAUCCAAUGUACGAGAUACUCCCUGGAAUCACUCAGGGCGGUGCGUUGAACGCAUUGCAGUUGGCAGCCAAGCUUCAUGAGCUCAUUCUUGUGGCCUCAUUAGGCAAGAUAGUGUUACACGUGGCUCAAGAUCACCUGGUGGGCAGGUCCGGCCUCCCUCUCGGUCUGAUUACCAACAGUUUCUCGAUAGGCGCUGGAGAUUUCCUCUGGACAAAAGCAUACUGGAAGUCAAUAUGGACUAUCAAGAACAAGCACUGGCGGUUUUGGCUGGUAUCUCUGCUCGCGACCGUCUUGGCAAUGCUAGCUGGUCCAUCGUCUGCAAUAGCGGUCAUCCCUUCACUCAACUGGUAUCCAUUGGCGUACCCGUUUCAAGAAGAGGUGCUGCCCUUUUACAUCUUCAAUCAAAGUACAGUCCUGUGGCCCUCCAACAUCACAGCGGCUAGUCUCAACGGCCCCAAUUCUGGGAUCAAUUGUACCAUCGCCUCCACGAAGACCGCCUAUCAGGACGUCUGUCCUGCCGGCGGCUUUCGAGAUACUUAUGAGUGGGCAGGCAAUCUGCUAUUCGCUAAUUCUUCCGCAGGCACCAAUAUCAGCUUUAGUGACGCCCAUGGAGAAUCUCGGAGGGUAGUCACAACACAAAGCUGUGACAGCAGUUUCGAUGGUCGAGCGUCCGGGUUGUCCCUGAACACCUUCCUUACUGGAGCCGUGUCCUCAUUUUGGUCAUUCGCGAAUAACAAUUUCCAUGGGCUCGCGUUGCUUACAGCGAAACCGAGAAUCACUUUUCAAGGGUCGCUAUACGCACCGAGGGUCGAGGUCCUGUGUGACGGCUACGUGUACUACAACACAAGCAUGAUCGAAAGUCGUGCGCCGGUCAAUUUCCCAAGUUUCACGCCUGAUAGACAGCUUCCAAGCGCCAACUACGUCUUCCCGUACAACGGCAUCCUGAAUGCGACCAAUGUGACUUGGGUGUCGAUGCCAGCAGGGUCCGACAACCCGUCGAUCGGAAUCGUGAUACGGGUUCCAUACACAUAUGGGAACGGCAGCGUCACCAAUAUAGCCCAGGCGACGGAGAUACAUGCAUGCAGCAUUUACGCGCAAUGGGUGCCCGUAGAGGUGUACUAUGAGCCCAGACAGCAGGAUCAAGUUUCAUAUCGGGUCAAGAAUAACGUCAAGGAGACAUGCUUGCCUAUUGGGAACGAACAGCCUGGGGACUCCCUACCGCCAAGGAACGCCUCCAUCGACAUGGACUACGCGAACGCAAUCAAUCAACCUAUACCAUUUACCGAUGGCCCUCUCCCCGUACUUGACGCAAUGCUGGCACGUAUGGUAUUUGAAGAUGAUAGGUUGGCGGGUAAUGAGACGGGCUACACAUUCAAAGCUCCAUUGGUCUCGAUUUCGAGUGUGGACGGGACGACGAACACGACGCUAGAUGACACACGAAAGAGUCAUUCUACUAUGAUCGGGACCAUGCUCGCGGGGGUAGUCACCGACGGGCUGGCGCGCAUCGCUGGGAACGGCAUCUUUCCAUACUCUGCCUCGAUGUUCUUAACUAACCAAACCACAGACUCCGGAAGCAUCGUGGGCAGAUUCUUGAUAUCAAGCGCCCACGGGGGAGAUGACAACCCGCUGAACGCCACAGAUGCAGACGUCAGCGAAUGGCUUCGGGUCGAUCCCGUGUUCUCUCGGUACGGCUAUGGUUACGAUUGGAAGGACUCUAGAACCACGCAAUUUGGCAUUCUCGUACUCCUGAUACAUUUCGUCUUCUCUUCCAUACACACUGCAGUCAUUCUUUACAAAGUACUAAUCUCCAGGGAAGGCCUGGUGGGAUCGUGGACUACGAUAUCCGAGCUGCUGGCCCUGGCGAUGAACUCGACGCCGUCGCCGAAUCUGCAAGAUACCUGCGCAGGCGUCGAUGCGGCGAAAACGUGGCGGCAAGUUGUAUCUAUCAGAGAGACUUAUGCCGGCCAUCUUGAAAUGGUGGUCGGUGCCGCAGACAAGGCGAAAUUCCCUGGUCCGCAGCCGAACACAGCGUAUGGCCAUCUUCGAGCUCGCCGGCGUGAACCUGCCGACAGUUCUGACUCUCAGUGGACGUGUGACUGA